AUGCCCAGCCCAAACAAGAAGGAAAUCACGGACGUUGGAGAUAUCCCGACACUACACGACCUAUAUGCUUCUAAGGAGUUGACGCCGCUGAGCGAGGCGGAGCUGAUUGACGAGAUGGGGGACGCGGAGGGGUACGCGGCGGAUGAGAGCUUGAACAAGCGGGUGUCGAUAUGGCGAGGCGAUAUCACCGUACUCAAAGCGAGCAUGAUCGUCAAUGCGGCCAACUCGUCAUUACUGGGUGGAGGAGGUGUCGAUGGGGCGAUCCACCGAGCGGCCGGAGAUGAGCUGUACGAGGAGUGCAAAACACUAGGAGGGGCAGAAACGGGAGAGACGAAGGUCACUGGCGCGUACGAUCUCCCAUCGACGUUUAUCGCCCACACAGUCGGACCCAUCUACUCCACUCGUAAUCCCGGCCAAUCACAAGAUCAGCUGGAGUCAUGCUACCGUACCUCGCUGGAGCACUGCCAGGAGAAGAAGGCGGAGACUAUUGGAUUCUCAAGUAUCAGUACUGGGAUCUAUGGAUAUCCCAUAGGCGACGCAACACAUGUCGCCCUAGAGCAAACUCGGAUCUUCCUCGAGAAAGACGACUCGAUCAAACGAGUCAUCUACGUCGUCUUCUCCGCCAAAGACGAGCGGGUCUAUCGAUCCCUCGCGCCCAUCUACUUCCCUACGCCCGCUGCACCCGCUGCGGACUCUGCCGCCGAGCCAGCUGUGGACGCCGCCGCCGAGACAGCUCCGGAAACCAGGACCGAAAGUCAGGUUCAGCCGCAGGUCGAGCCAACGCCGGAGGCGGAAACAAGGGAGGAGAAACGUUCAGCGGCAGAGACCAUAUCCGAGGCGAAGGCAUGA